AUGGAGGCUGCUUUGGAAGCGAGAGAUACAAAAACCUUGUAUGAACUAAUUCAAAGAGAUCCAUCUAUUUUGCAGAGGAUUGAUGAGAUACCUUUUGUUACUACGCCUUUACAUGUUGCUGCAUCUAACGGGGAUAUUGAAUUUGCCAUUGAGGUCAUGAUGUUAAAGCCAUCAUUUGGUAGAAAGCUAAACCAAGAAGGGUUCAGCCCCUUGCACUUUGCUUUACAAAAUGGGCAAACCGAAACAGUUUUUCACCUACUUGCUGUUGAUGCUGAUCUUGUUCGUGUUAAAGGAAGAGAAGGUUUAACACCUCUGCAUUUUGCAGCCGAGAAAGGAGACGUUCAUCUCUUGGCCGGUGUCUUAUCAGUUUGCCCAAAAUCUUUCGAAGACGUGACUGUAAGAAGUGAGACUGCUCUGCAUAUAGCGUUGAAAAACAAUGAGUUUGAAGCUUUUGAAGUUCAGGUCAAAUCGCUUGAGGGGAUUAAACAUGAAGAUAAUCGUUUCUGGAAUAAAAGAAUCCUAAAUUGGAAGGAGAAGUAUGGAAACACUGUAUUACAUCUAGCAAUAUACCAAAAUCAACCUCAGGUAAGCUAG